ACGACUAUCCUUCUAGUCGGACCGCUCGCAACCCUGGAUAUAUUCCAGGACUCGCCGUUCACCUAUAGCAGAGUUACAGGGUCGGUUUAGCGCAUUUGACACCCGGUUUAUUCAAUAUGUGGUCAUUUACCAGUGGUCUGACGGUUACACUUCUUGCGAUGUCCAUGGCGCGUCCCGAUAGACCAUUAGAUCCAGAGCAGACAAAAUUAUUAACAGCCGUGUAUGACGCCUACAUUGCUCAGAACCUUAGCUACGACUGUUUCCGAUAUUCCGAUCACAACAGUGUAGCUGAAUGUGAUUGCCUCGCGUGUCUGACCGCUCAGCCCGAUUUCGUUCAACGAAUGUGUCGUUUUCGAGAGAUUCAAGAGCAGUUGUACGAAGGCGAUCUUGUAGCGACACGACGUAACUUAAAUGGACCCUGGAAGGCUAUCUGCGACCAGAAAUGCAGUUCGCACUAUCCAUUCAAGUGCUGCGAUCCCGCACAGCCAACAGUCUUAACGCAACAUGGAUGCCCUGUUUGUUUACCCACGCGUCAAUCCGGUUCGACGGUCGGUCAACAUGCUUCGUGUUUGUUAGCUGAAACGGAUGCGGCUAGGAAACCAUCAAAUCUAAAUUGGCUCGAAAGAUACUCCCUCUUCGUAGCUGCCAUGGAUAAAGCGCGUUUAAAUCGUCAAUGCAUUUCUUAUGCUCUUGUUCGUAAUGCCAACCCAUGCGACUGUGAACCUUGCCUCCAGUCCGAGCCAUCGACGAAGGCACUUCGCGAGAGGCUUUGUGAGUACGGGCGUCUAGUGCGAGCCACGAAAGAACUAAGUCGACCGGACUUUUGGGGGCACAACGACUAUUUCUUGAAAUUCUGUGACUUCGAUGCGUGUCCUGACAUGCCCCGUAAAUGCUGCACACCACACGAUGGUGGUGAGAGCAAGGAGGGCCGUUACCCCGUCGACGAUAGGAACUGCCCUGCUUGUCUGCCUACAUCAGACCUGUACGGUUUUGGACCCCGGUGUCAACGGAAAUUCCGGCGGCUGCCUGCUGCCAUUCGAGACCGCAUCGUGGACAACUUCCAGUUUGGCCAAACGACCUGAAUCCAAUAAGUCCACGGCAAAUCAGUGGAAAGUCCAACAAGUCUUAAAACUUCGAUCAGAAUGUUUAUUAUGCAAUAAAUCUGUAUUCUAACUUAUA